ACUACAACAAGUACUCGUAGACGAAGACUAACUUGUCCCCCAAAUCUUAUGAAUAAAGGAAAAAUCGAUAAUGAAGAGCCGUCUAAUGAAAAUGGUGAAAUUGCGAUCGUUACAAGUGCUGCUGCCUCUAUGGAAGAGAAUGAAACACCCGAUGUAAAUGAACGAACUCCGAUUGAUGUUGAUCCAGUGCAAAACAAUGAUAUGGCUGAAGCUAAUGAGUGA